UCUUAAGCAGCUGACGCACUCGUCUCUCUUCAGAAGCGGACGGCAGCUCGACCCUAAACCAUGCGGACUCCGGGGAUCCUGAUAUUCGGCAUGGUCCUGGCCCCCUGCGGGUGGAUCCUGGACCUGACCAGCACGGUCGCGCCCAACUGGCGCACCAUCAACAACCUCGCAAACCAGCCUCCGGAUCUGGUGGUGGAACAGGGAAUCUGGGACAUCUGCACGGUCUCCACAACGUCUCGGGCCCAGCAGUGCAACCUGCAAGGCAACGACCAAAUUUAUUUUAGCAACCAGAUCAUUCCGAUCGCUAAAGGGAUGAUGGUCGCGUCACUGAUUGUGACACUGCUGGGCCUUGCACUGGCAACACCUGGAGUCAGAUGCUGGAAGGACAGACCCAGGUGGAUACUGGCUUCUUUGGGUGGCCUCCUAAUCUUCUGCUCCGGAGUCCUGACCAUUAUUCCCAUCGCGUGGUACACUUAUCUCCUCAACAGCCUCAAUUCCACUUCUGUCAAAAGAGAUCCGAACAGAGCAGAUGACAUCCGCGUUGGCUACUGCAUCAUUUUGGGCUACAUCGGAGGCAUCAUGGAGGUCCUCGGGGGUUUCGUGAUGUUCCUCGGGGUUUGCUCCUGCUGCGGUGGACGCAACCGUGGAGAAAAGCCUGUGAGCAACACACAACGGCCCGUGAACAGACUCACGCCUCUGCCGAGGGUCAACCCACCGAGGAGCUCCAGCAGGAGCACCGAGAGCAGCGUGCCGUACUCGCAGAAGUCACUAGACGAUGACCUGGACUUCCCAAGAGCCAAACCCCGAGACAGAGGAUCCGUCAACACGUCCUACACCGGAAGACCUUACGACGCUGAUCUGUGAAGUUAUCAGCUGAGUACAUACUGUGAAUAUCUUCUGAGCGAUUCUUCUUGUUCUUGAAAAAUAAAGUUUUUUAUCUUCACUGAUGGUUACUUUUAGAACCUUUAACAAAUCUACGGAAGCUUUCCAUCGCACAAAAGUUCUUUAUAUUGGAAAAGCAUUGUUCAGGUUCGUAAGAAGAAAUGAUUUGUUGUUUAGGAGUUUUUAGUGAAAGGUGGAGCGUAGAUGAGUGUAUGGUACACUUGUUACACCAGGCUUUUUCUUACUUUUACCAGUACUUUGCAUGUUUACAACAGUUACUGAUUGUGUUUGCCAGUCACGCUUUUAAGCUAAGCAACAUUUUAGAGUUAAAUAGACUCAAUGUAACUUCUUGUUGAAAGAUGAGCUUCGUAAUGCAGGAUCGGAUUUUAUAAAAACGAGCUCAUUUGAACAAAGGAUAUCUGUGCAAUACUCUCUUCUGCUGUGGAAAAACAAGCUGGAGUUGGAAGAAUUACCAGGGCUUUCUGUGAUGCGGUGUAACUAGUAAUACUGGUUGAUUCAGUGUGAUCUCAUGUUUGAACUGUCAGGUGACCUGUGAGUCAUCAAGUAUGUUGCUCCAAAAAUCAAGAUUGGUGUUGGUAAAUACCUACCUUUUUCUGUAAAGCCAUGGCUAUACAUAUUGUCAAAUAUUCCAGUUUUUCCAGGAUUGUCUGCCAUAGAAUAAAACAUGUUCAGCUGUUUCUUGUAAGCAGACAACGUGCCUUCAGUCUGGAGGUCUCAAAAAAAAAACAUACCUGUUAUGCAACUGACUGCAGAAAAAAACAUGCAAUGUAUUACAAUGCUGAAUUAAUAAAGUGAAUCAUUAACUAUAAACAGACACAUACAGUACAAGAGCAGCGGUGCAUAUGGGGUUAAAUGGUCUAAACGCAUCCAGAUACAGGAAGAAGGGUGUCUUUACUGUACCUUCCCAUUGGGCUCAAAGUUUGGGAGGUUUCUAAGCAGCAACCCAUCAUCUUUUAAUUCUCUUUGUAAAGAGAUUAAAACACAUUUUUUUGGUUUUGUAUUAAAAUGCUAUUUAUUAAAAACAAAUCUGUCGUACAUGUCUGUGUCAUACAAAACAGAAACAACUUCUUUUAGGGAUUUAAGGCAACACUUUUUGAUUCUUUAGAACUAUAACCAUACGUUGUAAACGUUAUAAUAAUACUAUAUAGUUGCACUUUUGCAGUAAAACAUACAAAAAUGCACUUAUGUUUAAUAAUUCAUGAUAUCAUAUUUGAACAUGUCCUUGAUGUUUAUUAUUACAUAUGUGCAAUUAUAUACAUAUUGACAACAGACACCAGUGGCAUUAAAACAAAGUAUAUAGCAAAAUAAAUGUGAAAUUAGUUUAAAUAAAGAUACGUUGACUGCGAAAUAUUAUAUGAAAAGGCCAUUUCAUUUGGAAACAUAUUGCUAAAAAUAGAGCAAAUAUUGUUGAAGUGCACUGAAUCAAUCUUUGAUGAUAUGACUGAGAAAUACAAGCUGAUAAAAAAACUGAUCUCUUUAUUCAAAAACACUGUACAGCCGAAUGAGGCUCGUAGGCCCUCUACUACAAAGUGUUGCAUGCAGAGAUGUUGUGAAACUCCAAAAAUACAAAUUAUAUACAACCAGGCCUCAUACUAAUUUUCAGACUCACCAGUCAGGACUGACUGAGCUAAAUAUAAUACCAGAAAAACCGCAUUGAAAUACCUGGCACGUCUCAGCAGCUCAUUGCAUGUUCGAGAUGAUUUACAUGUUUCUCCCCUGCAGCUACACCAACCCAAAUCAU